AUGUCCCCCCAACCCUCUUCCAUCACGGCCUUGUCCGCGCCAGGCAAGGUCCUCUUGACCGGCGGAUACCUUGUCUUGGACCGCGCAUACACCGGCACUGUUUUCGCGCUCGAUGCGCGCAUCCACGUGGUUGUUCAGCAGCAGCAGAGGAGGGGCCACCGCCGCGGCCCAUCCACCGCGAGCGCAGAUGUUCGAUCAGCAGCACCCAGCGGCGGUGCCCACGACGACAAACCUGACGAUGAGGGGCUAGAGUUUCAAGAUACUGUUGUGGUGCGAUCACCACAAUUUGUGGAUGCAGUCUGGGAAUAUGGCGUGCAGCGAUGCGAGAACGGUGGGGGCGUCAAAGCAAUCCAGAAGAGCAAUGGGCCACGCAAUCCGUUUGUGGAGACCUCUCUCAGCUACGCCCUCACGUAUAUCAGCUACGUCGCUGAUUCCAAGGAUUUUGGAUCCUUGUCAGUCACCAUUCUCGCGGACAACGACUAUUACUCGGAGACGGCUACCUCGAAGGCGCACUCUGCACGGGAGCCGUCUGGACGCUUUGUCAACUUUGGCGUCCCUUUGUCGGAGGCUCACAAGACGGGUCUGGGCUCCUCGGCCGCCCUCGUCACCGCGCUUGUCUCGGCUUUGGUGAUCCACCGCACCAUGCAGGCGGAUGACCUUGCUGCUGGCCGAGACAAGCUGCACAACCUGGCUCAGGCGGCCCACUGCGCGGCUCAGGGUAAGGUCGGGUCAGGAUUUGAUGUAGCGGCUGCAGUUUAUGGUUCCUGCCUCUACAAGCGGUUUUCGCCCGCGAUCCUGGAGGCCAUUGGUGAUGUGGGCACCAGUGGCUUUGAUGAGCGAUUGUUCGCGAUUGUGGAGGACGUGGACCCCCAGCACCCCUGGGAUACCGAGUGCGUUGACUUUGGCAUGCAGCUCCCCCGCGGAAUGCAGAUGGUCCUGUGCGAUGUGGAGUGUGGCUCACAGACGCCCUCGAUGGUCAAGAAAGUGCUCGAGUGGCGGAAAAACAACCGGCAAGAGGCCGACACCCUCUGGGGCGCGCUCCAGAAUAACAAUGAGCGGCUCCGACAAGAACUGAAGCGUCUGGCCCAACAUCCCGAUGCCAACGCGGACAGCGAGUUCACCGAGAUCGCAGCCCUGAUCCAGCGUACUCGCCAUCUCAUCCGCGCCAUGACUCACCAGACUGGUGUUCCCGUGGAGCCUCGCGUGCAGACCGAGCUGCUGGACAGCUUGACUGAGAUCGAUGGCGUUGUCGGAGGGGUCGUUCCUGGUGCGGGAGGCUACGAUGCCAUCGUGCUGCUGAUCCGUGACGACCCCUUAGUCAUUAUGCGAUUAAAUGAGCGCUUUGAGAAUUACCAAAGUGCCGUUGAAGAUGACUUUGGCGGCAAAAUUGGCAAGGUCCGCCUGCUGGGUGUGCGGCAUGGGUCGGAGGGUGUGAAAAACGAGGUGAUUGAUCAAUACGCAGGCUGGGUGUAA